CCAGAGGGCAGUUGACAUUUGCUGAGCACCAGGGAGACAAGCCAGGCAGAGAGGACAUGUGGUUGCUCCUGGUUCUGUUCCUCCUUAUCGUCCAAGGCCACUUCUCCGCCUGCCAGGAGGAAGCAGAGAGAGGCAUAUACGGGGAGACACUGACCGCAUCUUGUGUGUAUAGCGCAGGAUUGGAACCUUACAAGAAAUGGUUUUGUCGUGGGAAUGACUUGAAUUCCUGCAAAAUGCUUGUUGAAACCACCGGGUCAGAGCAACUGGUGAAGAAGGGCCGAGUGUCCAUCCAGGACAAUCACAGCCAACAAAAAUUCACCAUGACCUUGGAGAAUCUCCAGUGGGACGAUGCAGACACCUACUGGUGUGCGAUUGAUCAAUCUGGCACUGACCUAGGGUACAAAUUUUCAGUGAUUGUCCACCCAGUGACUACACAGUGUCACUACAGCCCAAGGUGGGAGACGUACAUGAAGUCCUGGUGUCAAGAUGCUCAUUCGACUGACUGCACCAUCUUUGUUAAAACCACUUCCUCAGAGGUGAAGAAGAAUCUUCUGUUCAUCAAUCAGAAAAAGCGCACAUUCUCUGUGCUCGUAUGGGGGAAGUAAAACAAGUUUUGAGAAAAA